AUGGACCGCGCGUGUGCGGUCGCCGAGGACUCUGUGGACACCGCUUCCGCCGGCCCCUGCGCGGGAGACGACCGCGUGAUCGAGACGCGCGCAGCGCUCAUGGCAUGCCGCUCCAUGGUUGCCCUGGUCACCACCAGCUACUUCAGCCGCCUGUGGUGCACUCUGGAGUGGGCGCAGUUCCUGGCGCGGGUGGCGCCGCACUACCGCCGGCUGGACGUCGUCCUCCCGCGCGCGCCCCUCGAGCUUGCGCUGUGGCACGGCCUCGCUUUCGAGCCCUUCGUGCGGGGCACCGCGCUGGCGCUGCUGGCCCGGGGCGCACUGCUACUGGGGACCCUGCAGUGCCCGGCCUUCGGUAGCGAGGACGGCUCGGGGGCGACCCUGUCGCUGGAGCCUGCCUGGUGGCGGUUGGCGCGGGAGCAGGCCAAGGCCGGGGCCGCUGGGGCCAAAGCACGAGCUUCCAGGGACACGAAGGGCCCAGAGGCGUUCACCGUGUCCCAGAAGGUGGCAGGGCUGGCCCAAGCGCGCAGCAAGAGGCCCAAGGGCGAGGGCGCCGGCGGUGCGCAGCCGAAGGGACCUGCCGCCCCCGCCAGGCCGAAGCCUGCCAGCGACUCCGUGAAGGCAGGCGCGUACGCGCGCAGGCACAUGGUGUCCGCAGCGGAAGGGAUGACCCUCCGAGAUGUCACAGCGAGGGCCCACGCGCCCGUGGAGCGCUCGCGCGAGGGGCAGGCCACCGCCGACAGCCAGCCGUCGGACCUGCCCGCCGACGGGCCGGAGCUUGCGGAGGAGUCGGCGGAGCCGCGGGCAGCAGGCGGUCACGGCGAGCACGCGGCGGCGAGCUGGCGGCCACCUCCCGACGACGUCCGCUUGGGCGUGGCGGCGGUGCGAGUCUCCCCGGAGCGCAGGGACGCCGGCCUCUUCCGGCACCUGGAGCCGCUCCGCCAGCGCGCCCUCCGCAGCAGGGGCGCGCUGUCGGACGCGUUCGGGGCCUGGCUCACGCCGAUCAGCGCCCUCGACCGGCUGGUGCCCGUGUCCCAGCCGGUCGAUGCCUUCGCGCUGCCCCCGGCCAUCCUGGCCUCGCCACUGCAGCUGCGGGUGGUGGACCACCCGCGGCUUGCCCUGCUUUGCCUGCGACCCGCGGGCGGGGGCUGGCGCCGCGUGCUCGUGCCCCAGAAGCUGGGCGCGGCGGCGCUCGCGACGGCGGCCAGGCAGCUGUGGGCGGUAGACGGAAGGGCGCCCAGCGCCGAGGUGCAGAUCAUCUUGCCCCGUCUCGCGCUCGAGGUGAUCGAAGCGGGGGGCGCGCGGGUCGUCGUCGGCUCGCGCGCCGUGGGCGAGCUGGCUGUGGUGCUCGACCAGGACACGCGCGGCGCGGAUCAGAGUGCUGGGUGCACGCGGGUGCUCCUUGCCGGCGGGGCUGACUGGCCCGGGGAGGCGCGGCCGAGCGACGAGGGCGCCAAGGCCGCGGCCGCAGGGGCCGGGCUCGACGACACCGCCGGCUGGCAGGCGUGGCUCAACACCCCCCGGAGCGCGAAGCAGCCGGGCUCCGCCGAGCCGGGCAGCGGCACCGACGCCUGGCUCUUCUACAGCGGGGGCAGCGCCAGGAGCACGCGGCCCCGCAUGGCCACGCCGCGCCGCGACAGCCCCGGCGCCCGUGCCGGCGGCGCGGCGGCGGCGCCCACGGGCGCCACGCCCGGGUGGUGCGCCCUGCAGACGCCGCGCGGCGGCAGCGCGACCUGGCCGCCGAGGGCGCCGGGGCCCCGGCGGGUGCCGCGGCUGCCCGCCCUGGGCGCGGCCGAGGCCGCGCGGACGCCGCGCGGGCACCUCGCGCCGCCGGGCCUGGCCGAGAGGGCCGCCGAGCUCGCGGGCGAGCGUCGGGGCUGGGCGCUGGCGAGCGUGGCGGAGGGCCCGGCGGCGACGUCCGCGGCGGCGCCCCCCAGGGAGCCGCGGUGGCGGUGGACGCCGGCGGAGGAGGACGGCGUGCCGCCCGGCCCCCCCGGCGGCGCGGUCCCCAGCGACGGCGCGCUCGAGGAGGUGCUGCGGGCAGCGCUCGCGCGGCUGCUCGCGGCGCAGGUGGGCGACCUGGUGCCGCUCCGGGCGGCCGCCGAGGCGCACGGGCUGCCCCUCGCCGAGUGGGGCACGGACCGCGGCGCGCCGUCGCUGCUGUCCCCUCGCCGCCAGGCCAAGGCUGGCAGCGCUCGCGGGGCCCCGCGCGCCACGCUGGUGGACAGCGCCAGCCAGGGUCUGGCGCAUGAGGCCGCGCCGCUCCGCGCGGACACGUGGGGCGCGGUCCGCGACGCAGUCGGUGGCGCACUGGCCCCCCGGGCCGCGGCGGCGCCGCCGGCCGCGGCGCCCGCCGCGCAGUGCCGGCGCUGCGGUCGUGCAGAGCUGGCGGUGGUGCCCCUGGAGCGGUCCAUGCUGCGCUUCGUGUGGGACGCUCCCUGCUGCGCUGUCUGCCUGUCCUGCGGGAGCAUCGAACCGCGGCCCGGCGACGUCGCCGGCGCGGCGGCCGUCCCAGGGGGGAGCACGGUGCUCCAGGUCACCUCGUCGUUGUCGUGCUCGAAGCCGAGCAAGGCUCUGCUGAUCCAGCGCCUCGCCACGAAGGUGCUGCGCCUGAACCCGGGGCAGAUCCUGAUAGCUUUCCCGAAGGAGGAGAAGGAGGCAAGGCCAACCCAAGCCAAGCCUCGCGUGGCCUUCCUGUCCUUCACGUCCCCGGGCGCGGGGCUGUGCGCCGCCGCUGCGGUGCUCAGCGGGGAGGGCGCGCUGCUCGUGGAGCAGGAGGAGCCGCAUGCCCAAAGUGGGCCUUUCAGGCUGGACCCUGAGUGGGCGCAGGUGGCGCUGGCAGGCACUGGGCUUGACGUGAAGUACGGCAAGGACCGCAUGGUUCCGGUGCACGAGGCAAUCCAGGAAAUCGACGACUGGAGGAUGAUGCCGCGCAGGAGCGCGGUGCCGCCGCUGGUGGUGUGGGCGGAGCUGAACUACGUCCUCGGCCCCGACUACGACACCGCCAGGUGGUGCCAGGCCUGCAAGCAGGCCCUGAACUCCGAUCACCUCUCGCUGCCAGGCGCGAUCAUUAUGGACCAGAGGGUCUGUAAGCUCCGGAAGGCCAUGUCCCCGGGCUCUGCAGAAGUGCAGGGAGGGCCCCUUGCGCUUCACCACGCGCUAAUGGCACGGGAGGAGGACGCGGAGACCGUGCUUGGAGCAGCGCUGCGCCGCGUGGGCAUCCUGAGCGGCACGGCGAAAGCUCUGCGUGGCGAGGGCUACAAGGUGCUGCAGGCCAAGUUCACGGCAUCGGCGAAGCGGUCGUCAGGGCCAGCCGCGAAGAAGAUGGUGGGCACUGGCGACAGGGCUGUCGCGAAGAGGAUGUCGGGCACGGCCCUCAUGAGGGCAAAGGUCUACGCGCUGAAGUUUGCGAAGCAGGCCAACCUGGAGGCGACCACCACCAUGCAGGAGCUCCACUUCCGCGGGAUGGAGUCCGAUAUCCACGCUGGCCCAGGCGGCAGCCGUCUGACCACAGCGGCGGCCGGGAAGGACAUGCGGGUGAUGCUGCGCAGUCGGAGGGCCCUCCACAAGCUGCAGGUGCUCGCCUACAUGUCCCGCCUCGAGGAGCUCAUGCUGGAGCCCGACGGGCUGUACGGGGCCCAAGAGUGGUUCGCGCCAGAGCGGGAUCAGGCCCCGCAAGAGGAUCAAACCAGCGACGAGGACGCGCCCACAGCCUCCAGAGCGCGCAGCACCCAGGUGGCGAGGCCGGGGGAGGAUAUGAUCGUGCAGCGGCUGGUCAAGCAUGUUCUCGACUACAUCAACCACGCGGGCGUCCUGCUCAAGGGGCUCAGGCUGCUGGCCUCCAUCGUCAACGUCUUUGGGUCCAGCGGGAGGCCGAUGGCGAGCAGAUGCGCGAGGCCUCCCAGGCCAGUCGAGCAGAGCCUCCUGGAGAGCGGCUUCGUCGACACGGCCCUGCGCGUCGUCUACCGGCACGCGUCGCGGGGGCCAGCGCUGGCCGGGGAGGCGCUGGCGCUGCUCGACCUCCUCUGCUGGGAGGGCUCCGCGCACGGCCUGGCCCCCAGGGCCCUCGCCGAGCUGUCGAUGCCGCGUCAGCUGCUCACGCUGAUACAGUGCGCGCUGGCCUGCCACCGCGCGGGCCACCUGGAGCAGCUGCAGACGUGUCUCGGCCUCCUCAAGGCCGUCGCGUGGCUGGAGCCGGCUGACGGGGCCCCCGUCCUCAAGGACGACCGCCAGCGCGAGGCCGUCGAAAUACUCAUCGAGAUCCUGGUGGGCCAUGGGGGCAGCGCCGAGCGCUUCAUGGCGGCGCUCCAGGCGCUGCGCGGCCUGUGCCGGCAGCCGACCGUCUUGCGCGCCGCGUUCGCUGCGGGCCUUGGGGACGCGCUGCGCGAGUGGCUGCGGAAGAGCGCUGCCGGGGCGACCCUGGAGCAAUGGAGCGAGGAGGCCGCCCGGGCGUCCUCGACGGUCCGCCUGUCGGGGCUCUGCGGGCCCGUCGCGCGGCCCGCGGUGUCCCUGCAGCACGCGCCCGUGGCCGCCCGGGGCGCGCUGCCGCGGCUCGCCGAGGCCGAGGAGAAGUGCUGGGCCCUGCUGGGGGCCCUGGCGACCGAGGAGAGCCUGUGGGGCGACGCCAAGCGCCAGGGGCUGCGGGGCGACGCCAGGCGGCAGAGCCCGAAGGAGGAGGAGGAGGCGGAGGACCAGCUGCUGGAGCAGAGUCUCCGGUCGCUUCGCCUGGCGCUGCGGGAAGCGCGCAGGGACCCGCGGGGCUCGCAGUGGCUUCCUGCGAUGACCUUCAUGAUGGGCGUGGUGGACUUCGACAAGCCCGCGUUCGCCUGGCGGAUCACCCAGGGCGGCGGGGCGGAGAUCCUGCUGCGCGAGUGCCUGAGCGGCGACAUGUGCACCAUACUGCCGCUGCUCCACGCCCUGAUGGACGUCUCCAGGCUGCCGCUGCCCACGCCGCCCGCGCCGCUGGGCACGAGCUGGGGCGCUCCCGCGCCGACGCCGCGCCCGAGCUGCAGCGCUCAGGCGCUGGCGCCUCUUCUGGCGCCCGGCCCCGCAGAGCCCCCCGACGGCGCCGUGGCGGCGGCCUCGGCGGGCCCAGCGGCCUCGGAACCCGAGCCCGAGCCCGCGCCGCCGCGCGGCGGCCCGGCGGGCGGCGAGGUCAGCGGUGCGUUCGCCAGGUGGUCGGGUGCUGCGAGAGGGCCCCGCCCCGUGCCGGGCAGCUCGCUCGCGACGCUGCGCUCGGGCGUGGCCGCGGCGGCCGUCCAGGAUGCCCAGUGCCUCGAGGGGCUACCCCCGGGCGCCAGCCAGAUCGAGGGGGUGUUGCGGACCUUGGCGGAGCUGCUGCGGGGGCACCGCAAGGUGUCCGUGGCCGCGUGGGACUUCGCGGCCCACCGGUCCGCGUGUGCGGCGGACUCGAUGGCAGCAGAGCAGGAGGACGAGGCGGAGGAAGAGAGCGAGGACAUGGAGAGCAGGACAAUGCCGAGACGAGAGCGAGGUUAA